AGUACGUGGGUUUUGUUAUGAACCUAGCCCAAAUUUUAUAUUCCUAUUUCCAAAAAAAAAUUGCUAAAUAAUAAUAUCACAUUGAAUUAAACAAUAAAUAAUUCAAAAAAUGCAAUUUCUUCCUCAUCAUCUCCAUGAAAUGAUGGAGAAAUACUUAGUUCUUGCGCAUGAGAAAUCAGAUCCAAUAUUUAAAUUUAUCGACAAAAAAAUAAAACCAUAUUUAAGUCAUGGGUUUGAGUACUUACUCUUUCAAAUAAGCCCAUAUUGGCAUCACUUAUUUUACUACAUCCUUGUCUCUCUUCUUGGGUAUAUUUGUUUGAAGGGCACAAAACAGAAUUCUUCUGCUUCUUCAAACUCACACCAUGAGCUCAACCUCUUCUUCACCUCGGUAUCCGCAACCACGAUAUCGAGCAUGUCCACCAUUGAAAUGGAGAAUUUCUCAACUACUCAACUCAUAGUACUUGUUAUAUUAAUGUUCUCAGGGGGUGAAGUCUUCCUCUCCCUCCUCGGCCUUCAAAUCCGAAAGCUUAAACACAAGAAAAGAGCGCGAAACCAUGUCUUAAACCCUAACCCUUCCUCUCAAACUGAAGGUAUAAAGUACAAAUCAUUAAGGGCACUUAACCAUGUGGUUUUGGUAUACCUUUUAGUGUCACAUAUACUAGGGUAUAUCUUUGUGUCCUUGUAUAUCAGCAUUAUUUCUCCUAGCGCAAACAAUGUGCUAGAGAUGAAAAAGCUUGAAUCUCACCUGUUUUCUCUAUUCGUCACUGUAUCCACAUUCUCUAACUGUGGAUUCAUCCCUACAAAUGAAAACAUGAUGCCCUUUAACAAAAACUCAGGCUUACUUUUGAUUCUUAUCCCUCAAAUCCUCUUUGGUAAUAAAUUAUACCCUUCUUUCUUAAGGUUAGUUAUCUAUGUUCUUGACAAAUUUACCAAGAAAGAGGAAUACAAUUACAUGCUGAACCAUCAUUCAGAUUUGGGUUAUGGGCUUUUGAUUUCAAGCUUCAAAGCUUUUCUUUUGAGUGUAACUGCAAUUGGGCUUAUUGGCAUCCAAUUCUUGGUGUUUUGUUUCUUGGAGUGGAAUUCUAUUGUUUUUCAAGGGCAAAAUUGGUAUCGGAAAUUGGUUGGUUCAUUGUUUCAAACUGUAAAUUCAAGGCAUAGUGGGGAGUCCAUUGUUGAUAUCUCCCUUCUUUCACCAGCUACUCUCGCUCUCUUUGUGGUUAUGAUGUACCUUCCAUCAAGCACAAUAUUCGUACCAUUGAGUUACGACAAAGAAUCAACAAUCGUAAGUGAGAAUAGCCAGAACAAGAGAAGCGGCAAAAAGGAAGAGAGUAGCUUCAUUCAGAAUCUCAAAUUCUCUCCACUUUCCUACUUGGCUAUCUUUGUCAUACUUGUUUGCAUCACUGAGAGCACCAGUUUAAAGGAAGAUCCUCUCAAUUUCACCGUCUUCAACAUUAUUGUCGAAGUCGUAAGUGCAUAUGGGAACGUGGGAUUCUCAAUGGGCUACAGUUGUGAACGAAGACUUGUGAACAGCAGCUAUUGCAAGGACACUUGCUAUGGUUUUGUAGGGAGAUGGACUUGGAAGGGGAAGUUCCUUCUCAUUUUGGUCAUGCUUUUUGGAAGGCUUAAGAGAUUUCACUUCCAUUCUGGAAAAGCAUGGAAACUUUCCCUCUAAAUCUUAAAUCCCAUCCCCAAACAAAUAAAUAAAUAAAUAAGUUUUGUUAGGGUAA